AUGCGCGCAACUGUCGACGCUAAGGUCCAGCGCCGCCUGCUCCCCAUCCUCUUCAUCGCUGCCCUCAUGUGCUACCUCGACCGCACAAACCUCUCCUUCGCCGCCCUCGACAUGAACACGGAUCUCGGCUUUUCGGAGCGCACGUAUGGCAUCGGCGCCGGCGUCUUCUUCACUACCUACGCCGCAUUCGGCAUCCCGUGCAGCGUCUUCGUCAAGAGGAUUGGCGCCAAGCUGGGUUUGCCCUUCAUUUUGCUCGCGUGGGGGCUCGCGUCCGGCGCUAUGGCCCUGAUUACAAGCGUUAGAGAUUUUUAUUUGCUCCGCUUGCUUGUCGGCGCGACUGAGUCGGGCUUCUUUCCGGCCGUCAUCUACUACUUAACCUUGUGGUUUGCGGAGGAGGAUAUGGGGCUCAGUUAUACAAUUGUCAUGACGUCCACGGCCGUGUCUGGUAUCAUUGGCGGCCCGCUCGCGGGAAUUAUCAUGACCUAUCUCAACGGCUUUCUGGGCAUUCGAAGCUGGCGCUGGCUCUUCAUUGCAGAGGCUGUCCCUACCAUUUUUCUUGCGUUCUUCAUGCUGUUCUAUCUAGAUGGCGAGCCGUCCAAGGCCAGGUUUCUCACGAGAGAGGAGCGCGAAUGGCUUAUGAACCGACAACAGACGGAGCUCGACAAUCGCAACGGCAACCAUGCCGUUGGAGGGCUGGCCCAGGCUUUGCGAUUGACAUGGCUCUGGCUCAUUAUCGGUAUCUGGUUGCUCUACUCGUGUGGCUAUUAUGGAAUCAUCUUUUGGCUCCCGCUUCUACUCAAGAGCGUUUCGCAUAUGAGCAAUGUGAUUGUCGGUUUCAUUUCCGCCCUGCCAUAUCUAUGUGCAGGAGCUGCUAUGAUUCUGGUCGCUCGGUCAUCAGACCGUUCGCGUGAGCGCCGCUUACAUCUCGCGGUCUCCGCUUCUGUAGCUGCUAUGGGGUUCUUCGGCGCAAGCGUGAUUCAUACCUUGUUGGGAGAGCAGUUGCUUUUGCUGUUGUUCUGUCUCAGUGUCGCCGCGUCGGGCGUAUGGGCAAUGUUCGGCCCGUACUGGGCUAUUCCUACGAGCAUUCUCAGCGGCGAGACGGCCGCGGCGGGCUUUGCGCUCAUUAAUUCAACCGGUGUCAUUGGUGGCUAUCUUGGUCCCUUCUUGGUGGGAGAGUUGACUGCUAGGACUGGGUCUUAUGAUGCGGCGCUUGGCCUCUUUGGUAUAUUCAUGAUUGUUUGUGCUGGCUUAUCCCUCUGUCUGAGACCCAAUAUCGGAGAUCAAACGCCGUGCCAAAGCAACGAUCAACUACCAAUUGAGAACCACAGAAAAUACUCAAGCCCACCUAUGCAGGAUGUGGAGGAAGGGGAGCGGAUGAAGUAG